AAAUAUCGUGCAAAACUUGGUCUACGAUCAAGAAGAAAGUCAUUCCCGGUUUGGAAUUUGCCAUUCAUUGAAACCCUCAAGUCCGCUUGAAACUAAUUCGUUUUGUUGCUGUUCAGAAAGUGUUGGGGGCUGUUUAUAAAAGUGGUCAGCUGGUGAGGCGGAUCUCAUUUGCACGACUGAAAUCGGUGAGAUUGGAAGAACUCGGAAGACUGUGUUGUCACAGCGUCGUUCAAUAAGGAAGCAUUCCACAGGGAGGAAAAAAGUGAAAAAAAAUCAGCGUGUGCUUCGAUCAGUGCAAAGGUUGACUAUAAUAAUAGCUAGUAAUGGAACACAACGGAAGUGCCGAGAAGGAAAUCCGAGUAUGGUGCGAUGGCUGUUACGAUAUGGUGCAUUUCGGCCAUGCAAACUCCCUGCGUCAAGCGAAAGCACUCGGCCACAAGCUUAUCGUAGGAAUCCACAACGACGAAGCUAUCACUAAAAAUAAAGGCCCGCCGGUUUUUACACAGGAAGAGAGAUACAAAAUGGUACGCGGUAUCAAAUGGGUGGACGAAGUUGUGGAGGAUGCCCCCUACGUGACCACGCUAGAAACGCUGGACAGCAACAACUGUGAUUUCUGUGUGCACGGAGAUGACAUCACGCUGACGGCCGAUGGCGUUGAUACGUAUCACUUAGUAAAAGAGGCCAACCGGUACAAGGAGGUUUCACGAACGGCCGGUGUGUCGACAACGGAUCUGGUGGGUCGUAUGCUUCUGAUGACGCGGAAUCACUUCAAACAAGGUGAUCAAGAGUAUAGCGUUGAGAAAGAUGGCUCAUCCAAGCUGGGUCAGGACCAUUCCGCUCGCAGUCCCUGGACUGGCUGUUCGCAAUUUCUCCCGACAACGCAGAAGAUUAUCCAGUUCAGCGAUGGCAAAGCACCGCAGCCAACGGACCGAAUUGUGUACGUUGCGGGAGCAUUCGAUCUGUUCCACGUGGGGCAUCUUGAUUUCCUGGAGAAGGCAAAAUCUUACGGUGAUUAUCUGAUCGUUGGACUGCACACCGAUCCGGUGGUGAACGAGUACAAAGGCGGAAACUAUCCGAUUAUGAAUCUGCACGAGCGAGUCCUGAGCGUGCUGGCCUGCAAGUACGUCAAUGAGGUAGUCAUCGGUGCUCCCUACUCGGUCACGGAGGACUUGAUGGAACAUUUCAACGUUGAUUUGGUGUGUCACGGGCAAACCCCAAUUGCACCGGACGUUGGUAAUAUCGAUCCGUAUGCGGUGCCCAAACAGAUGGGCAAGUUUAUGCUGGUGGAUUCCGGCAAUCCCAUCACGACGGAAGACAUUGUGGAACGAAUCAUAAGACACAGGCUCGAGUACGAAGCGCGUAACACCAAGAAGGAAAAGAAGGAGAUUGAAGUGUACGAGGCAAUGCAGCGGGUGAAGCUUGCCGAAAAAUGCGGUUGACCAGACUAGUUUAGAGAACCAAAAUUCCAGUUACUUAAAGCUAGUUCGCUUCUAGUUGCUCGUAUUUCCCAAUUUAACGCCAGUUCAGCAAUAUGACCGAAUUCUUUAUUCCAAAUUCUAUAGGUACUACCGCUGCUGCUGCAGCCAGCCGGUUAUGAAUAAUUGUGAAGCAAAAGCUCGUAGCUAUUUUCUAGUGAAAUGUGACUGAAAAAGCUGUAGGUUUUAUAUUAAUGUAUUAUUUCCAAUAUGAGUUAGAUUUCGGUUAGUUUUUUCUGAGAGUUUGAUAUUCAGUGGCUUCAACUUUCAUUUAUUUUUUUUUCUUUAAGCCAUUGAUCCCAGUUGUAUUUAACUUUGUUGUAAAUUAUAUUUUUAUACACAACAAAUCGUGUAAUUUGCUUAUGGAGUAAAUGCAUGUGAAAGAGAGGUAUUGCUUUUCAGAAGCGCACUAAAUUCUUUGCAUAACCGUUGUAUUUUCUGCGUUAGCGAAGUUUGAAAAAAAAACUAUUUUACUUACGACUACCAUUUUACUACUUACGGUCAAAUUUUAUAAGUUACAUUCAUUAUUUAAUUUUAUGGUGAUUAGACCAAAGAUGCUAAAAUUUACCUAUUUCUACUCGAACUUGCAAAAGAACCUAAUAAUAUAUAAGAGGCACAUUCAAAGGUUGCUGUAAGACAUUGUAGGAAAACAUGAAAUUUAAGACCAAAUUCUUUUGUAUGUAUAUGAGUACAUAUAUUUUCAAAAGGAAAACAAUACAAAUAUUCGUUGUUUAUUUUUUAAUUGGCAGUUGAACUUAUACAUAAAUAUUAAAAAAUUAUACAUCAUUAAUUACUUAACUUACUUAACUCGUUCGAGGUAAUUCCAUUUAUGGAGACGCACUGUGUUUUAGAAGCAAAAGAAGGAAAAAAACUUUCUAUUAAAAAAAUACCUUAAAGAGGCUGAAAAUAUGUUUCGGCAAUAAAAACGCGAUUAAAGUAAAACGCUUUAAACUUAAGUUAAAGUUGUCCAUAACUAAAAUCGAUGAAUUUUCGAUUCAGUUUUAUUCAGAACGAUGCCCUCUGAAAAAGAAUUAAAAAAUACGUUACGGUUAAGCUUUCAACAAAAUCAGAACACUAUAAAAGAUCAAUAUUGCCUCUUCCCAUGCAAUUGCUGCUGUAUAUUAAGAAUCUCGUAGCGAUAGUUGUACAUUGAUAGGUUUUUAUGUGUCACAGGUAGUCACCGGAGACCAAAGUUUAAAUGAUUCAGUUAACGUAACAGUAAGCAUCAGGUCGCUAAAUAACAGAUACUAUAGCUAAUACAAACCAAUUUAUAAGAGACACAUCACACACGUACUUUGAAUUCAAUUACCUAAAUGUGGAGUUUUCAAGCUGUAGGAAAAAAUGACUUGUUCUCAAACCAACGAGAACAAGUGCCAGUACUUUGAUUUUUAAAGAGUGCGUUAUAUACCUAUAACAAAAGUUGAGAGCAAAUGAUUCUAUAUUUAAGUCAGUAUGCAUAAGUAGAUCGUCCUUCAUGUGGAAGUACCAGUUAUUUUUAUAUCUUUCUCAUUAGAUUUCAACACUAAAUGCGUUACAUGCUUGAGCAAACAUGUUUUUAAACCCGUAAUGAAGACAAAAGUAACUUGUUCUCAUUAUGUUUUGUUUUUAAUAGCAAAUCAAUCAAUAAAUCGAUUACUACAAAGAAAUGUGUUACGCAUUCAAAAAAUACACUGUAAUGUUUAGAAAUUAAAAUACGAUCAGGCUUUUGAAGGUAACUCCGUGAAAAAGGCAUGGGAAAGAAAGCCUUUCAUUGUCUAACUGUCAGUAAUAACUCAAUUUCUCGUUCAGUUCAGUUAGCAAUAGCUUAUCGUUAGUGAUAUACAGUUGAAAUUAUGUGCUACCACGAAUUAGAGCCAAUU